AUGUGCAAAGUCAAAACUACUCCGUCCAGUUUAAUCUUUUGACUAAAUAAUCCUAAGAUUCUGCUUAAAUAUUCUUAAAUAAAUUAUAUCAAUCGAUUGAAAUGGCGCACCCCACAUUUUUCGAGCGUAUAUUUCUACACAUUUCGAGAUAUUACGUUUCAGCAUGCUUUACACUGCUACGAGCCCUCACCCUGCCUUUCUGUUACUUGAUAGAGUUUGUUUGUGCAAAGCUUAAAGUGGCAAAUUCGCCUGAAUUGCAUGAAAAAAAGUUGAGCAUGUCCAGAAUCAGAUUAAGGCCUGGAACAAGGCUGGGAGACGGACCAAAUUAUGCACGGCGAGACCCGGAUGGGCAACCAUGUCGUUGAGAACGCCCGUCUACAAGGAUACCAUGACCGGGAUAGAUUUGUCCAGGCUGGAUGACAUCGUGACGAUUGACGAAAAAUCCAUGACAAUGACUGUCGAACCGUUAAUGAAAAUGGGUCAAUUAACGAGAAUACUGGGAUCAAAGGGGUACACGAUCCCGGUCGUGCCGGAGUUUAAGUUUCUCACGGUGGGGGGAUUAAUUUGUGGGGCCGGGUUGGAAACCUCAUCCCAUAAAUAUGGAUUUUUUCACAACACGUGCACCUCAUACGAGGUUGUUCUUUCGUCAGGUCAAGUGGUCAGGUGCAGUAAGGACGAAAAUUCGGAUCUAUUCCACGCCAUUCCGGGUUCUUACGGGACCCUUGGAUUUCUCACUGCUGCCACUAUUAACAUCAUGAAAGCGGAAAAAUAUGUGAAACUUUCAUACAUCCCGGUCAACUCGUUGGAUGAAGCGACUAAACGGAUUACAGACGAAUCUCUUAAGACACCCGGGCCCGAUUUUGUUGAAGGGAUCAUGUAUUCCUUGGAUAAAGGGGUUAUCAUGGUGGGAGCUUUGACGUCAAAAUCUGAACCUGGAAAGGUAAACUCCGUUGCUGCCUGGUAUAAGAAAUCGUUCUACAAACACGUCCAAAGUUUCUUAAUUGGGGAUCAACUAAUCAAUCUUCCAAUAUCUCAACCUGCCACAAAAAAUAUCCCCCUCAGAGAUUAUUAUCACCGCCAUUCAUACGCCGGCUUUUGGGCUUAUUCAGCCUUCGUCCCUUAUAUUGAUGUCCCCCUGUUUCGCUACAUUUUCGGAUGGACGACGUUUGAAGACAAUUACACCUAUAAAAUUGUCCCGCGUUGUUUCAGACGAAUCUUUGAGAUAAAUCUCGUCCUACAAGAUUUUAUCGUUCCGAUUGAUAAGAUGAAGAUGGCGCUGCAAUUCUUUCACGAUCAAGUUGAGGUAUACCCGGUAUGGCUUUGCCCCGUCAAAGCAAUAAACGAACCGGGAUGUUUAAAAUUUGAAGUGGACGAGGACAAGAUGUACAUGGAUAUAGGGCUUUAUGGGUACACUGGGAAGCCGGAUCAGUACGAGGAUGAGAAAUCCAACAAAGCAUUGGAAAAAUUUUGUUUGGAAAAUGUAUGAAAGGGCCAUAUGCCGACACAUAUUUAAGCCGGGACGAAUGUGACCAAAUGUUCGAUCCAACGUUCUACAAUAAAGUGAGGGCAGAGCUCAACUGCUCAGAUGCGUUUCCGACCCCUUACGACAAAAUAUGUCAAGCUGGGAGAAAAUGACUGAAAUACGUACAAGUUAUACAUACCUGAUGUAACCUUUCUGCAUUUGGAAAUCGAAUUGAAUUUGGUAGAACUGCGCUUAGAAUAUCGAAGAAUCCCAAAAAUGUCUCUGAUUUUACACACUAUUAAUGCCUAUGCAUGUUCGUAUGUACAUGCAUAUGCCCAUAUAUGUAAAUAGUUCUGUUUUUUGACAUAAAAUAAACUAAUUUGUGUGAAUU